AUGUACCUGGCCGGGGCGGCGGUGGCCGCGGCCGCGCUGUUGUGGCUGCAGCGGCGGCUCUGGCCGCACCUGUGGGCGGACGCGCGGUUCCUGCUGCGGGCGCUGCUGUGCCGCCGCCGGGUGCUGCGGGGCGCGGGAUCCAGCCUGGCCCAGCGCUUCGCCGGCCUGGCGCGGGCGGCCCCGCAGCGGCUCUUCCUGCGCUUCGAGGGGCAGCGCUUCAGCUACGGGCAGGCGGAGCGGGCGAGCCGGCGGGUGGCGAACGCGCUGCGCGCCUGGCGCGGCCCCGGGGGGCCCCUGCGGCCCGGCCAGACCGUGGCGCUGCUGGUGGGCAACGAGCCCGGCUUCGUGUGGGCCUGGCUGGGGCUGGCCCGGCUGGGGGCCGUGCCCGCCUUCCUGGGCACCGGCCUGCGCCGCGGGGCGCUGCUGCAUUGCCUACGGGGCUGCGGGGCGCGGGCGCUGCUGGUGGCGCGCGAUCUGUAUGAAGCUGUGGAGCCCUUGCUGCCCACCCUGCAGGAGCAGGGCAUCGUGGUGUGGAUGUUGGGCCCGGGCCCCUGCCCGCCAGGGGUCACCAGCCUGCAGGAGCUGAUGGAGGAGGCAUCCGAAGAGCCGGUGCCCUCAGACUUAUCCACACCCAGGGACAUGAUGGACACCUGCCUCUACAUCUUCACCUCGGGCACCACAGGGCUGCCCAAGGCUGCCCGCAUCAGCCACCUCAAGUCCAUCAUGUGCCUGGGCUUCUACCGCCUGGUGGGGGCCUCCAGCAAGGACGUGAUCUACGUGGCGCUGCCCCUGUACCACAUGUCGGGCUCCCUGCUGGGCAUCGUCGGCUGCAUCGGGAUCGGUGCCACAUGUGUGCUGAAGAGGAAGUUCUCAGCCAGCCAGUUCUGGGGCGACUGCCAGCACUACGGGGUGACCGUGUUCCAGUACAUCGGGGAGCUGUGCCGCUACCUUGUCAACCAGCCCAAGAGAGAAGGGGAGCGGGAUCACAGCCUGCACCUGGCCGUGGGCAGUGGGCUGCGGCCCGACGUCUGGCGGGAUUUCCUGCAGCGCUUCGGCAACGUCCGCAUCGUGGAGACCUACGGCAUGACCGAGGGCAACAUCACCUUCUUCAACUACACCAGCACCCUGGGGGCGGUCGGCCGCGGCAGCUUCCUCUACAAGCUCUUCUGCCCCUUCGAGCUGGUGCGCUACGACGUGCUGCAGGGGGCGCCGGUGCGGGACGCGGCCGGGUGGUGCCAGCGGGUCAGCCCAGGCGAGACGGGGCUGCUGAUCGCGCCGGUGACCCCCCAGAACCCCUUCCUGGGCUACGCGGGCGGCCGGGAGCUCUCGGAGCACAAGCUGCUGCGCGGGGUCUUCGCCGAGGGAGACGCCUACUUCAACACGGGCGACCUCAUGGCCCAGGACGCCGCCCAGUUUGUGUAUUUCCGGGACCGUACCGGGGACACCUACAGGUGGAAAGGUGAGAACGUCGCGACGACGGAGGUGGCCGAGGCCCUGGCCGCACUGGACCCGCUGCAGGAAGUCAAUGUCUACGGGGUCACCGUGCCAGGGUACGAGGGCCGGGCUGGGAUGGCCGCCAUUGUCCUGCGGCCGGGCUGCGAGCUGGAUGGGGCCCGUCUGUACAGCCAUGUGGUGGAGUUCCUGCCCCCCUACGCCCGGCCCCGCUUCCUGAGAGUGCAGGACCAGCUGGCGAUGACACAGACCUUCAAGCAGCACAAGGUGCGUCUGGCCAGCGAGGGCUGCGAUCCCACGCGCCUCGUGGACCCGCUGUACCUGCUGGAUGACGCCUCGGGGGCCUACGUGCCCCUGACCCCGCGGCUGUGGGAGGGCGUCGUCUCGGGGGCUGUCCGGAUAUAA